AUGCGCCCGGACACUAAGAGUGAUAAGGACAUUAUAGUGAGGCGCACUGUGGUUUCGAACGAAGAUGCACCUGCGCGUGCGGCUGCGCGUAGUUCAUUGACUCCAGACCGUAAACAGCUGUCGGAUUUAUUGCGCGACGGUAGUGAAUGGAAAAAAGAGAUUCGUAGUGAAGAAUGGACUAAAGUACAGAGGAAACGUUAUCGAAAUCGUUUCAUUGGCUUGAAAGGUAAAGCGGAGAUUCUUCCUAAUUGUACUUUUAAAGCGGCAGAUGAGACAUGGCUGUUACCACAUGAACUAGCGGUACUGGGGACUGUGGAUAAUAAUUUUGGUUAUUUUGGCAAAUCUGCCGUUGAUAUGUCACAAAUUAUUAAGGGAAUAUUAAGAGGUAGACCCUUUGGUGGAGUAGCACUCUUAUGGAGAAAAUCGAUAUUUACAUCUGUCUCUGUUAUUCCGUGUUUGAGUGAUCGUAUCGCUGCCAUUAAAAUUACAGUCAGUGAACGCACUAUGUUGUUUUUUAGUAUAUACAUGCCUACGAAUACUCCUGAUAAUUUUGUUGAAUUUUGUAAUUGCCUGAGUGAAGUAGCAGCAAUCGUCGAAAGUUCAGGUACCGAAAAUAUAUAUAUUAUGGGAGAUUUUAAUGCGCAUCCCGGUGAAUUAUUUGAAACGGAAUUAUUAAAUUUUUGUAAUGAACAACAAUGGAGUUGUGCCGACUAUGUUAUGUUAGGAAGGUUCUCUGGCACGUUUUCGUUCAUCAGUGAUGUAUGUGGAAGUAAACGUUGGUUGGACCAUUGUAUUGUAACUGAAGCGGCAUUAAGAACCGUUUGUGAUGUGGAGAUUUAUGAGGAUGUAUAUUGGUCUGAUCACUUCCCGCUUGUAGUGCAUAUUAACUUGGGUAUAGUAGCUAUGAAUACCUCUGUAAAAUACCAAGACUGGCAAAGAGAUCCGGCUAUAUGGGGUACACGAGAAGUGACGCAGGUAGAUAAUUAUUUUCGAUUGUGUACAGAAAGUCUUAGUGCUUUAAAUGUUCCUUUCGAUGUUAGUCAGUGUGGUGACAGCUUAUGUUGCAACGAAGGACAUAGACAGUCAAUUGAUAUUUUCUAUAAUAAUAUGAUUUCAUUAAUUCGAAAAGCGGCUAUCCUUAGUGGCAACUCAGAAAAAAGCGUAUGGAGAAGGCAUGCUGUGCCUGGCUGGAAUAAAUAUGUUAGGGACGCUCAUAGGCAGGCGAGGCAGGCUUUUAUUAACUGGAAGUUCUAUGGAGAGCCACGAUGCGGGCCUCUGUAUGUAACUAUGAGGGAAAAAGGUAAAACAUUUAAAGAAAAAUUAAAAUUUUGUCAAAAUAAUGCGGAACAAAUUAAGUUGGAUAUUUUAGGCGCAGAGCAUAAGGGUAAAAAUUUUAAGAGAUUCUGGAAGUUAACUCAGAAACUCAGCCCUAAACCUUCCAUUCCUGUGAGCGUCAAUAGCAUAAGUAACCCAAAGGAUAUUGCGGAUUUGUUUAUGAAUCAUUUUAAGGUGGAUCCAGUACUACAACCCAGUACGCGGUCGGAAUGUGCUAGGAGCACUAAGUCAAGGGUACCAGUACAGUUCUCUACGGACGAAAUAAAGUACGUUAUAAAAUCAAUGACAAGAGGUAAAUCGCCGGGUCACGAUUCACUUAGUGUAGAGCAUUUCCAGUGUGCAGGUCCGCAACUCCUGAGGGUAUUAACUGCAUUAUAUAAUCUGUGUAUACAGCAUUCUUAUCUUCCGAAUGCAUUAAUGAGGACUAUUGUUGUACCCAUAGCAAAGAAUAAGACUGGCGAUCUCUCAAAUAAAGAGAACUAUAGACCCAUAUCGUUGGCUACUAUUGCUGCGAAGGUGCUUGACGGUGUUCUUGAGAGACGAGUAGGCAAAUAUUUUAAUAUACACGAUGCGCAGUUCGGUUUUCAGCCAGGACUGUCGACGGAGACGGCUAUUAUGGCGCUCAAGGACACGGUCAGCAGUGCCAGGAUCGGAUGCUCCAUACAUGGAAACAUGAUUAACAGUAUAAGUUACGCGGACGAUAUGGUGCUGCUGAGUCCAUCGAUUAGUGCACUUCGUCGACUGCUGAAGACGUGUGAAGAAUAUGCGGAGUUUUAUAUUCACAUGGCCUCCGAUACAAUGUUAAAAAGAGCGAGGUCAUGA